GAAGAUGAAGAGGCACCAAAAAAAGUCUAUUUAUAUUACAUUACUUUGAAAUGUGGUUAGAAGAGUUUACUAUUUUUAAAUUACAUAUUGUUAAAGCCAAUUGGCCUUUGUUUUUGUUCUUGUUUUUCUUUGGUCCAUUCCAAACAAAGACUUUUCAAACACAAUUCAAUAACAUUCAGAAUACCCAUUUUUCCUUAUAUAUCCUUUCCCUCCUCCAAAAAUCCUCCAUAUCCAUUCUUCUGCAAAUUCUCCCAUCUUCUUCAUCGCCAAAUCAUGGAUGUAGAACAAGAAGAGAUGCAAUUUCUUGGAAUCUAUGGAAUUUUCAGAGAAACUAGCAAAUUAAUCUUCACAUGGAGAAGGAUUUUCUCCCAAAUCACUCUAGCUUUAAUUCUCCCACUCUCCUUUUUGUUCCUCGCUCACAUGGAGAUCUCCGAUCUAUUCCUACGAAAAAUCAUGUUCGACGAAUUCGUAUUGGACCAAACGCAAACCAGUACAGCCACAUUCGAUAAACUCUCCGACGUCGUCUCGUCGGAGAAGGUCUACUAUUUUCUAUUUCAAAUCGCGUACCUUGUUAUCUUCAUCGUUCUGUCCCUCCUCUCGACCUCCGCCGUCGUCUACACCGUCGCGUCGAUCUACACCGGCCGCGACGUCGCCUUCAAGCCGGUUAUGAGCGUCGUACCGAAGGUCUGGAAACGGCUCCUCUUAACAUUCCUCUGCGUGUUCAUCUCCUUCGUUGGCUACUCCAUCGCCAGCCUCCUCGCGAUCUCGUUCCUCUUCUUCUUCAUCAUCCUCGCCUUCCGCACGGCCGGCGCCGGCGUAGUCCUCCUUUUCUACGCCGUCCAGAUCCUGUACCUCGCCGGCGCGUUCUACCUGACGGCGAUCUGGCAGCUCUCAAACGUCAUCUCCGUUCUGGAAGAUUCUUACGGAUUCAAAGCGAUGGGGAAAAGCUACGGCCUAGUGAAAGGGAAAUUAGGGGUUUCGGUUGUGAUAAUCCUUUUUCUGAGUGUUCCUCUCGGAACGGUGCGUUUUGUGUUCGGGCAUUUGGUGGUCAGAACGGCGUCGUUGGGAAUAGUAGCGAAGGGUAUUUUGGGGAUUUUGUGCUUUUUAUUGUUUUUUAUUUUCUUUUUAUUGAAGCUGGUGACAGAGACGGUGUUGUAUUUCGUGUGCAAAUCAUACCAUCAUGAAAAUAUUGACAAGUCUGCCCUUUCGGAUCAUCUUGAGGUGUAUUUGUUGGGAGAGUAUGUGCCUUUGAGGCCUAGGGAUGUUCAACUUGAGAAAUUCCAAGUUUGAGUUAUGG